AUGUUGCUGAGCAGGUGGCUGGGACGACCAUGCUCAUACCGGUCCUCUCGGCUUGCGACCGUGUUUUCUUCGACUGUCACGAACCGGUGGGCAUCGACGGCCACGGCGCUGAAGGAGGAUGUUGCUGAGGAGCCUGCUGAGCCAGAACCGCCCAGGCAUGUUCUCACUGAGCAGGACAUGAAACGGCUUAGGUUUCAGCGAAAUAUUGGGGUAUCGGCGCACAUUGACUCGGGAAAGACUACAUUGACGGAACGGAUUCUGUUUUAUACUGGGCGUAUUGGGGAUAUUCAUGAGGUUCGAGGACGCGACAACGUUGGGGCCAAGAUGGACAGUAUGGACUUGGAGCGAGAAAAGGGUAUUACUAUUCAAAGUGCUGCCACAUUCUGCGACUGGGAAACUACGAAUCCUUUCAGUAACGAAAAGGAAAAGUAUGCUGUAAACAUCAUCGAUACUCCAGGGCAUGUGGAUUUCACUAUUGAAGUAGAGCGCGCUCUCCGGGUCCUCGAUGGUGCCAUCUUGGUUCUAUGUGCUGUCGCCGGUGUCCAGAGUCAAACCACAACAGUAGAUCGGCAAAUGCGACGGUACAACGUCCCCCGGAUAUCUUUCAUCAACAAGAUGGACCGGCCUGGUGCUAACCCAUGGAGGAUUGUGAACCAGAUCAGGACAAAACUUCGGAUGCCAGCUGCAGCGGUGCAGAUUCCUAUAUGCGUCGAAGACGAAUUCAAGGGUGUCGUGGAUUUAGUCAACUGGAGGUCUAUAUAUAACGACGGCUACAAAGGAAUUGAAGUCAUCGUCAAAGACGAAAUCCCAGCAAACCUGCUAGACCUCGCCAAGGAAAAACGAGCAGAACUUAUCGAGCAACUGGCCGAAGUCGACGAGGAGAUUGGUGACCUUCUACUCAUCGACGAGGAACCCACCAACCAGCAGCUGAACGACGCCAUCCGUCGCGCGACACUCGGACUCAAGUUCUCACCCGUCUUCCUCGGCUCAGCUAUUAAGAACACCGCCGUCCAGCCCCUUCUCGACGGAGUCUGCGCGUACCUUCCCAACCCCUCAGAAGCAGAAGUCGUCGCGCACGACACCACCAAGCCCGUAUCGGCACCACCCGUUCCCCUCUACCCAGCCGCUGACGCGCCCCUCGUCGGUCUCGCGUUCAAGCUGGAGGAAGGCAGGUUUGGCCAGCUCACGUACAUGCGAGUGUACCAGGGAACUUUGAAGAAGUCCAAUAUUAUCUUCAACGCGCGGACUGGCAAGAAAGUCAAGGUCCCUCGACUGGUGCGUAUGCACAGUAAUGAGAUGGAGGACAUCGAGUCCAUUGGUCCUGGCGAGAUUUGUGCCAUUUUCGGUGUCGAGUGUUCUUCUGGCGAUACGUUCACGGACGGCUCCACUAGCUUCUCUAUGACUUCAAUGUUCGUUCCAGAACCCGUCAUAUCCCUCGCUCUCAAACUCAACGGCAAGGAAACGCCCAAUUUUGCUCGUGCGCUGAACCGCUUCAAGAAGGAAGAUCCAACAUUCCGCGUGCACUUGGAUCAAGAGAGCAAAGAGGCUUGUAUAUCUCCCUAUCUUGGCAAGAAACCAACCAUCAUCUCCGGCAUGGGAGAACUCCAUCUUGAGAUCUACGUCGAGCGAAUGCGACGGGAGUACAACGUCGACUGCACCACCGGGAAGCCUCAAGUCGCAUUCCGGGAGACCAUCACGAAACGGUCGUACUUCAACUUCACGCACAAGAAGCAAACCGGUGGUUCCGGACAGUUCGCCCGAGUCAUAGGCUUCAUCGAACCCAUGGAACCGGACCCAGAGACGGGCGUCGACGUUGAAUUCGUGAACGAAGUCAUGGGUGGAAACAUCCCCACCAACUUUAUUCCUGGUGUCGAAAGGGGUUUCCACGUCGCGCUGGAGAAGGGCACACUGUCUGGUAACCCUAUCUCUGGUGUCCGGAUGGUCCUGCAGGAUGGUGCUUUCCACGCUGUCGAUUCCUCAGAGCUGGCUUUCAGACUGGCUACUGUCGGAGCCUUCAGGGAGGCGUACGGUCCUGCGAAACCCGUCGUCCUCGAGCCUAUUAUGAACGUCGAGGUGAUCUCUCCAGCCGAAUUCCAAAGUACGGUCAUCGGUGGCAUCAACACUCGUCGUGGGACUAUCGUCGAUAGUGAGGUUCGGGACGACGAGUUCUCGUGUUCGGCAGAGGUUGCUCUGAACGAUAUGUUCGGAUAUUCGAACCAGUUGCGUGGUACGACGCAGGGUAAGGGUGAGUUCAGUAUGGAGUACAAGAACCAUAUGCCUGUGCUCGCACCACUGCAAAAACAGCUAGAGGAGGAGUACAAGAAGUCGAUACCUUCCGCCAAAAAGUAGAUGCUUGAGUUUAUUAGAGUACUAACGGUGUUUUAACUAGCAUAAUUUAUAUAGUACGCGGAUCCCCCU